CGUGAUCGCAUUUGUGACUUGAACAGCGCGAAGCCGUACGAUUCGACUGCUGGUUAUAUCCCGUGUCGCAAUUCAACCCGCUGCUCUCAGCACCCAUGGCGACGCUCGAGGACCGCAUCUUGGGCGAGAAGCUCCAGUACUACUGCAGCAGCAGCGAAGACGAAGAUGAACAGGCCGAAAGCGACGGUUCUCCGUCGCACUUGCCGGCCGCCGAAAAGGCGCCUCCACCGCCCGGCAUCAAGCAGCGGGAAGGAUGCUCCGUCAACACUGGACCCAAGGGUGUGCUGAAGGACUGGCAGCGCUACCGGCAACUGCAGAGCGAGCGGAGGGAGGAACAGGAGCGGGAACGACUGCAGCUCAUCAAGAAGCUGUCACUCACCUGCCGCUCCGAGCUCGAAACGGAGAACAAGUCGAAAGAGGAAGAGGAAACUCCGCAGGAAGAGGACGACGACUUCCUGCGCGAGUACAUGCGCAAACGGAUGGAGGAGAUGAUGGCUGAGAUAAACGCCAGGCCCAAGUUUGGUCACUUGUCUCGUCUUGAGGACGGCCAAGCAUUCUUGGAUGCCGUGGACCGGGAAAAAGCUGGUGUCACUGUCAUCGUGCACAUUUAUGCUCAGGGUAUGCCCGGCUGUGAGGCCAUGAAUGGCUGCCUGCAGUGCCUGGCAGAAGAGUACCCACAGGUCAAGUUCUGUACCGUUGAGGCUUCUGCGGCUGGCAUGAGUCGACAUUUUGAACGCAAAGGAGUGCCGGCAUUGUUGGUGUACAAGAAUGGUAACCUAAUUGGCAACUUUGUACGCCUCACUGACGAGUUUGGUGACGACUUCUUUGCCGUGGAUGUGGAGUCAUUCCUCGUUGAGCAUGGCUUUCUACCAGACCAAAGCUUACGGCAGGCAGAGCGAAGUCAGCUCUCAAACAAGUCGGACGAUGACGAUGAUGACCACUGAUGUCCAGUCAGCACGCCGAUGAACAUCGCCGUUCUCUGCACGUGGCCAUUGCGAGCCCAGUCGCUUAACUUAGCCACUGUUGUGGCACUGAAAUGUCCAAAGCAGCAGCAUCUGUGUUGAACCAAGACCGAGUGUGGCAGAGAGUUACGUUCUUGCUUGCUGAACGUAUCUGCAAGUACAGCAACGCAAAGUGAAUGUCAACACCGAGCCACAGCAACAAUGUUUAGCACCUGCGUGAAUGUUUGUCGGAAGUUACUUUCUACCAUUCCUGGGUGAACCGUCUGGUACAUUGUAAUGUUACGUGUAUGGAUGUGUUCAGUGUGCCUUUAUUGCACAGCAAUAUUGUUGGUGGUUGCCUAAGCACACACCCCGUCCUGUGAAUGUGAGCCUUGAUUGACCAGCAAUGCAGUUCACAAUAUGGUACUUAACGGAGAUCUUCAGGGUUUCACUGGUUGAAUUGGUUUCACUGCUGCCAUGCUGCGGUACUUGUAAAUCGAAAAGGGUUCAUCGUAAUGCGUAGUCAUAGCCGCUUGAAAUCGCUCACUGCCAGUCAUCAUUCACAAAAAGCCUCAUCGAAUACUGCAAGUGUUGGCACUUUAGUGCCAUCUAAGUUGGUGUUUGUGCAACAGCUGGCACUUAGACUGCACAACUGCUAGAGAGGAUGGAAGUGACAGCAUGCGAAGAAAAAGAGACGAUGCUUCAUUCUGUCAUCAUCGUCGGGUUUUUUUUUUACCAGGUUUUAAUCAGGUUUUGACCAGUCAAGCCUUGACCAGGUUUGACUGAUCGUUGAGAAUUUUUAACUACAUAUUUGCGGAAAACAGUCUUGUAUCACAAACUUUCUUGAAAAGGCAUAAUUUGCUCAGUUUUUGUGCAUUUUGUCAUAAGUGGUGAAGUUGAAGUGAAGCCUUUAGCCCACUUACCCUUUUUUUUUUUAAUGAUGACAAAAAUUUAAUCAACUGUAGUAAAACUAUUGUGUCAUUUACAUACAUAUUCUGUACUUAAAAUCACUCUUUUUGUCUUAUUGUGCUUUGUCAAACUUUGUCAAACAUUGCAUGACUGACACCGUCACCAACAUUGAAGCUUUGAAACCCAAGCAUGGCAGUGUUUAGUGUUGGUGGGUGUGCAAUGCAGACUGUGCGAUUUAAUCUGUGCUUUUUCAUUAUUGUUUCCUUGAUGUCACUCGAGUGUAGGCAUGCAUAAAGGGGAGCAUAUAUCACAGUAUUGCAAACAAUAAGAAAAACAAACUAACGGAGCCGUGUAAUAUUGACAAAUGACAUUGUCGAACAAUGAGAUACUACUAAGCAGAAUGUGGCAACAAAUUCAUCAUUAAAAAAAGGCAAACAGCAUCACAGAAAGAGUAGUGUUACCACAAACGACCUGCCCCUAAGGUUUUUUGUGCUGUUCUAAAGUAUAACAUAUUACGUAUUUACCCAAAUUAAUUUUGCACCUUAAAACAGAAUCUCUCGUGGCUCUGAUUUUGCAAUGCGAAAAAGACAUACCUUUGUGCUGCUUUGUAUUCUUUGAUCUCAGUCUAAAUACACUCAACUACAUCGAAGUUAUGUACAGAAGUAACAAAAUAUACAUUUCACUAACUUGAUUGGUCGCUAACUGUUGCUCUUCGUACGGUUUUUCACAUAAUUGCAUAAAAAACAGUACUUUUUCUUGUACAGGAACAAGUAAUGCUUAAAAAUAAGGCUACUUCCAGAUGUGUACUCAAAUUUUUUGUGUUCUUUGUUUUUUUUAGCCUCGCUGGCUCGGCUCGCCAUCAACUGUUAGCACUUAGUGUGGGUAAAGUAGAAUAUAGGGUGCCCCAGUUGGGCUUCUGCUUUCUAUUCGUCUAAUGUAUUCACACGAUUUGAAGACCAAUGAACACAGCUCAUCAUAGCACGACCAGCAAGUCAUUACUCUUCGUUGCGUCACUUCAGUGACGACAGCUUGACAAGAUGCUUCAGAAAUUAGUCUUUCCUAGAACUCAUAUUGCAUAAAAACAUCCUUACUUUCUGAUAUGUUUGACACAGUAAGGGCUGGCACUAAAGGCAAGUUUUUUAAGAGCUACUAUACGCUGUGCAUAAUGAGGGACCCCGCACUAUGCAAUGUGUCAGCUCAUGCAGUGGGAUAUAUUUCUCUUCACUAAGAAAAAAAUCAAAGUGUAGGUCAUAUGCAUGGGUUUUCAACAGAGCGGUCCUUGAUCUUUUUUCUAUAAAGGCCGGUAGAACAUGCAGUGGCGAUGUCUAGUUGGCCAUGAUUGUUCAUGUUAGAAUGCGCUUGCCUCCUGCGAAAGUGACGUGUGGCAUCCCCUAAAAAAUGUUGGCUGGUAUCGUGUGCGAAUAGGCAGACCUUUCCACAAGUCUUCGCCCUGUAGGAAUACAGUAGACUUUCAGUAAACGAAAAUCUGUUAAACGGAACUACUGCUUAUAUGAAACUAUCGCCUCCGCAAUGCUUGGUUUUGUGCUUAUAUUCUGCACCCAUGUUCAUCUCUCUGUAAACAGAACUCUUGUUAAACAGAACACAUUUUCCCAGUCCCUUCAGGUUCCUUUUAAUGAGAGUUUAUUGUAUAUACGAUAACUCUUCCGUGGCGUAGUUUCACUGUAUAUAAGCACAAUAAGGUUAUUGUAUGUCUCUCGGAAGAAGAAAAGUUCCACAAAAGCUGGCCAUCUUGCACUCUUCGUUGAAGGGGAAUAAAGCCACCCAUGCUUUUGCAAAACAGGCUUCUAUGCGUGUCCCUAACAUGAACGCAGUGAACUGGCAUAGUUAUAGUUUUGCACACAGCAUUGAUGACCAUUCUGCUUAUGUAGAAUACGGUGUACGACAAGGCACGAUAAUUUUCUGGCAAAAGUUGGUAGGCAGAAAAGUGUUGGCGCUCUCAUCAUUGCUGAAGCAAGCACGUCACAAGUAGUGUGUUUCAUAAGCUUGCUUUUGUGCUGAGGUAUGGAGGUUCAUGUGAGAGCAUUUGGCAGAAUGAUUACAUGAGAGCAGUUUGUGUGAAGAGAUGCACAGCUGUGGCUCCCUGCUGGAAUCUAUACACCAACUCUUUAGUCUUCACAGUAGCAAGAAUAUGGCUUUGCAUUGGCACAUGUGGCUACACUGUAAAAUAUGUAUUUAUGUUGUUAUUUGGUAAAAAAACUUGUUUUUGUUUUUUAUUGUCUGCACAGUUGUCUGAAAUCUAUCUUGCUUGCUUGCCACACUUAUAUCAUCGAAAUUCAGUACUUCUGUUUCUCUAGAUCACUCAGUCCAUUGUGAUUGUGCACACGUGUGACUCUGGAGUUGACACCUUCUCAAGUAUAUGAAUGCACGGCACUCGUGGAAUUCCCAGUGUCUUUUCAUGAUUUCUAACGUCUUUCAUAUUAUAGAACAACAACAGUAGUGUGGAUGGGUGAACUAUGUCUGGAUCUCUAGCUCUUUAGUACACCUGCCAGUGUUGUAGGUUAUAAGGCACUGGAAACCCGUUUGGGAUUUGUGCAGAUAAAGAUACAACUGAAAUUUGUACAUCAGUGUAUGUUAGCUUUGCAAUAUUUGAUGGGGCAUACUGUCACUAUAUAACUAAUAAUAAUUUCAAUUUUUUUUUAUAGAAUCAGUUCAAAACCCCGCCUAAAGGGAGUUUAUUUUUUCCUUGCACGCAUAGCUCCAUUUUGACAGGAGAAACCUAAUUAUGAUCAGCACUGUGCAUUUAAAUUAUCUCUGUGGCUCCUUUAGGACGUUCAUUAAAGUGUCACCUGAUUAUGCGUGCAAUGAGUGACCUUUGUGAAUGGCACUUUAGUUAUUCUGAUUGGUCCUGAUACUGUAACCUUUUAUUUCUAGUCAACUCAAUCUGCGAGUUUCAGUGUUCAAAGCACGUUCUGAAACCUGUGUAAGUGUCAUGACAAUUAUUUUGUAUUAUGUUGCAUUGGCAUUUCAUUAAUUCAAGAAACAUGUCUGCUUGCUUUAGGAGUGUGAAAACUUGUGUAGGUUUUAUAAUUUUUUACACACUCGUGUGCUGCAUGCUCAGUUAUUCUAAAGCAGUGUCGCUAACUUAUUUUGAGAGUGAAUUUUUCUGUAAUGCCAAUGAAAUCAUUGCCAAAAGUGGAAAUUUUAAAUUAUGCAUGCAGUUGGAGGCUCUGUAGCCUAGGCUAUCAAAACAUUUAUUAUCCAUAGAAGCGCCACACAUUGCAACAUUGUUUGUACGAUUCAAGAAUAGACGACAGGUUUCAAAGUACUAAGGCUGUAUUAUUAACAAAAGAACGAAAAAUUAUUUCUAACUUAUUUUCUGCACUUAGCUCUAAAUUUUAAGGUUAAAAAUCCUCUGUUGUUUGAAAGGACACAGCUGACCUGAUUUUCUCAGCAUGAAUGCAGAUUUUCUAGAGUUUGGUACUUGUGAAUAAUAAAAUAAAUUUCAUGCUCUUAG